AAAGACAGUUCCUUCUUUCUCAUGUUGAUCACCACACUACUAACACACCGACGGAUCUAUAUUGUCCGCUGUGGAGUUUCCGUUCGACCAACGCAAACCUCUCCGCAGAAAUUGCUUCGCUUUUGAACCACAUCUGCCUCUCUUCAACAGCUGUUUCAUGGGCUCUCCGGAGGAAGAGAGAGACUGGGUAGAUGUGGCAAAUGAGCUGCUCGUCAAGUGUCGCAUUCAACAGAAGCUGACUAAACUCACAGACUGUGACGCCCAUGUGUUCAUUAGUCUCUAUGAGAACAUCCUGAGAGAGAAGGUUCCAGAUUAUAUUGCAUCGCCACGGAGCCAGGAGGAUGACGUCCAUAAUGUUCAGUGUGUGAUUGACUCGCUGUCGCUGGAUUAUCUUCAGAUCAGUCUCUCGCAUAUCACAGGAGAAAAUGUCAUCCGGGGAGACAAAGAAUCAAUCAAGAAUCUUUUGGAUAUAUUUGAUGGUCUCUUAGAAUAUCUCAGCGAGGAGAUAAGUGAGGACUCGCAGAAUGAUGGAUCAUCAAAUAGUGGUCUCCAAGCGGCAGGUCUUGGUAAAAGCGAGGCGCCAACAACCAGCAAUGCCAUCAAGCAGAUGGACACAAAAAUGGACGAAGGGCAUUUGUCGUCUGAUUGUGGAGCGUCCACUAUGCACUCGAGUAUGAAUUCCCAACAUUCCAUCAACAGUGAGCAGCCUGGAUCGCUCAGUGAGGUCAUCGGGCUCGGGGUUUCAGCACGCACAUUCACAGAUCAAAAAGAAGCCUUUGACUCAACAGAAUCAACUGUCCAGCCGUUAACUUCGGAUGCAGUUGCCACCUCUGGUCCCGCAGAGGAUCUGGUUGCACGACUUUCUGUACUGCCGCACAGCGCCAUUGCACUACAGCCACCCACCCAGAGCGAUUCCCCCCACCACACCGACACAGACACGAACUCCAUCGACCGAGACCCAAAUGGCGCUUGCUGUGUCGAAGAGCAACACGACCCUGCCAUCAUCCAGGGAAGGACCUCCAGCACUGAAGCAGAGAGGCCCGUCUGCAACGGCCUGCACUCUCCGGCCGUGAGCGAAAUGGAUUCAGCCAGCCAGCAAAGGGCCGAAGUUUUGGGAGAGACACUGCAGCCCACCAAGGGAGGCCCCAGGAAGGUUUUAUUCCACACGCAACCAGAUGUCCUCCUCCUAACGCUCCAGGAUGAGGCGUCGGCCGCCACCCCGAUUCUGCCAGACACGGAAGUAGUGAAGCAAGAAGAGCAAGAGGAAGACCUGUGUCCUACGACGAGACCACAGGGGGGAAGCCUCCACGAUGAGAAGGAUCUCGGCAGCCGGUCGGAAGACGACGAGGAAGUGGAAGAGGUGGAGGACCCCAAGGAGACUCAUUCUCACUGCAGGAAGAGAAACAGGCGAGCAGAAAAAGAACUGCAUCACAUUUCUGAGAAACUCACCCACCGAAUUGAUGAACUGGAUCAGAUGCUGAAACGACUUUUGGGCAACAGGGAAGAGCUUGGAGCUUUUGGAGAUAAGGAAGAAGAGUUUGACCUCACUACCGACAUUGAGGCGCGUAAUCGGACCUCCAGACUACACACUGGAACACCCGAACCCAAAUCAGCCCAUAAGAACUUCUCAUCUUUUUCCUUGCCCGCACGAGGUCAUCACUCUGUGCUGGAGCACUCAAAGGAUGACGACGAAGACGAGGCCGUGAGCCUCUGUGGCGAUGGCCAACACGCAAACAUCCCGACCCGUCCUCUGAUGUGGCAAAGUGAGCCGCCGCGCCGUACUAAACACAAAAAGACUGUGGUGAAUCAAGCUUACGAGGCGGAAUUGAUGAAAUUAGAAGGGAAAAAACGAGUUGAUCUUGACAAGGAACGGCACGAAGCUCAGGAGGCUGAGCGAGAGUACAGACAGGCCAUACUCAAUGACUUUCCCAAGGCGCCCACAACGAUUCCAUGGACAAACAAGUCCCAGCCGAAGAUCCACACACAAAGCGCCUCAGGGCGACUACGAACACCCAAGAAAACUCCACCACUUAAAAUGAAGGAGAACGAGCUCCUGCCCGUGCUACUGGAGGAGCUGCCAUUCCUGCAUAUCUCCUCGCAAGACCUGGGCCGCAUGUGGCAGCAGCAGAAGCAGCAGGUGGAGCGAAUCCGUGCCCAAGCUGUCGCUCAGAAGCAGCGGCGCAGCCGAUUCUCCCAAGAGUUUGAAGAAGCUCAGAGGAAGCACGACCUGCUGGCGGGAAUGGUCCGCAAACAGCAGGAGCACAGCAGACGUCUGAGAGACUUUAAAGAGCACAGCCAGCAGCAGAAGUCCACCCAGAGCCGACUGAGAGAACAGCGGCAGCAGAUUGCUCGGGCCAGGAAGUACUACCACGACUACCACGUCCAGCAUCGGGCUCGCCUCAUGAAGGCUCGCAUCAAUGAGGAAAAGAUGUUUCGGCAACUCUUUGAAGAGGGUUUGGAGGUGCAGAAAGCCUGCCUGAGGGAGCAGAGAGCCUUCGCCACGGAGCAAAGGCUUGAGCACCAGAAACGACAACAGGACCAUAUCGAGUCAAUGGAGAACUACUACAAAGAUCAAUUUUCACUGCUGGCUGAGAAACUUGCACAAGAGCGGCAGGAGAUCCAGAUUCGUAAAAAAGCUCAAGAGAAGGUGCUGCUCAAGAUGAAGCGCGAGCUACGUUCCAAGAUGGAGCGUGAGAUCGGCGAGCUGCAGAAGAUCAUCAUCCAGAAUGACCAGGACGACCACUUCCAAGAACUGGAGGUCCAGAGGUUACGCAAUCGAGUCCGCAUGGCUUCUUUCCAUUGCCGCAACAGCUGUCUGCACUGACCUUUGGCAUGGCUGGAGGGAUGAACCCAGAGGCUCAUCCUGACUGUCGCUCAUAUUUGCACAUGAGCAGCACGCUUCCGCAAAACUUGAUGGGGUACGAAAGGAGGAACCGACAUUUGAUGAACUGAAAGCAGUCCGACAAAUUGUAACCAACUGUUCCUUCACUGUGACCUUCUCUUGUAGCUGGUUAACUGUACAAAUGUUCCGUCUUUUGCCAAAUGACCACAACACUGAGUUUUAACUUCCUUUUACUAUGCUAUUAAGUCUUCCUUUAAUGAUCGGUGGUUUAUUUAUUUUUUUGAAUUAAAUUUGGUCCUUUUUUUGUGAAAACUAUGUAGAUGUUGGUGUGCUCUAAUCCAUGGGAGAAUAACAAUUAAGUCUUAGAAGCCAAAGCUAAUGGAUUUAUAUCUAACUAUAACAUAAGUGUGAUGAAAGGUUUGGAGGUAGGAGGAAAAUUAUCUUCUAUGAAGCUUGUGAUACUAUCCAAACCACCUCAAAUGACAUGAACAAGACUAAUGCUCUUAAAUUGUGGCUAAGAUAGUCUCCUAGUCUCCGCUUGAACCAAUAAACCUCAUGUUGCUAUGUUUAAACCCUAUCGAAUGACA